CUUCUUUACCAGCGCCCGCUCUCACCUUUGAUGGCGGCUCCACAAUGACGCUCUUCUCUCAACAUCCAUCAUACACGCCGGUAUGGCAGAAUCAUCAAUCAUGAUCUCUUGAGCGUCAAGAUUCAAUUUCGUACUGCUGGACGGCGUCUUUUUCUGUGUAGCAUCCAAUAGGUAUACAAUUCUAAAGAGAGUGGGCGACGACAAUUGCUAAGCAUGCCUCACAGAGCCAUAAGACGAGCGUCAUCUUUGGGAUAAAUCAGCUUUAUAGCUUAUUACUUCAGACGCCCCACGUCAAAGUAUUUCUCAAGAACUAUACUAUUAGCAACGUCUAUUGUAUAAUAAGAACAGCAUGGCGGCAGCCUCACAUCGUCAUCGCACCUUCACCCCGCCAGCUCAUCAACGAGACCCCAAUUCACGGCCCAGACCUGUGUCAGCCUCAGCCCUUGCGAGCAUUGAGAAGCAGCGUCGAGAUUUUGUGAGGGAUCUGGGGCCGUGCCGGAGUGGAUGCGAGGAUCUGGACAGUUAUGUCCUUCUUGCGGGCGGGUUUGAGCGGGGGAGCGUUGUUGGGAUAAGCGCGGAGGAUGAAGAUGGAGUGGGCCUAGGUCUCCAAGUGCUGGCAUGCUCUCUCCUGGACAGCGCCGCUCAAAAAGUCCAAGUCAUCACGCCGAAGCCGCCCAGCACCAUUGUCGUGCUGCUGAAAAACGCCAUGACAGCUGAGCUCAAAGCAAGAGGCGUCUCAGGCUCUGAUGAAAUUGCGGCCCGGAGGAGAGACUGUCUGGAUCGAAUCAUGCUUUCACGAGUCUUUGAUAUGGAUGGGCUGGAUGAGGUUUUGGCGGAUCUGGACGCCACGGCUGCUGCUGCUGCUCCUAGAGGUGGUAAGGAGGAAGAGGAGACUAUCGAGAUACAAUCAGCCGAAGAAAUAGCUCCGGAUAAUCACAGCCUUCCGAAUAGACAAGUCGACAACAAAAACAACGGCAAGUCCACCACCACAACAGCUUCUUCAACCCCCGACAUCGUCCUCAUCACCCACUUCUCCUCCCUCCUCACCAGCUUCUUUACCCAGCGCGACAAAUCAGCCGCUCACGUCGCCCUCCGCCUCCUCGCCACCCGUCUCCGCCAUCUUUCCAGAACGCUCCCUUCAAACCCGCUCAUCCUCCUCCUCAACUCUACAGACUCCGAUCAGCAGUCAUCAUCCACUGCCUACAAAUCGGCUUCUUCCUCCACCGACCCAACUCUACGAUCCGUCUUCAACCCAGCCCACCACGCCAGCACUUCAUACAAGGCGAACAAACCAACCUUUGGCCUCGUCUUCACUCAGCUGCUUGACCUUCAUCUCCUUUGCACGCGAGCUCCGCGCCACAGCAGAGCGGCGACUUCUUCGCUCCGUGCCGUGACGGUCGUGGAGGUGCUGUUGGAUGAAAUAGGCUUGUGGGAAGGGGAAAGGGGGCAGAGGAAGAGGAGAGAACAGCGAUGGACUAUUAUGGCUUCUCGCAAUGGCCGUAUGGUUAGUGUCCCCGGCAGUGGGAGAAAAAAAGAAACCCAGAGUGAUGAUUAGGGAAUUACUAUGGAUGAUUCAUUUACAUCAUAGUCGCUUCAUCCGUCUUUUUUCUUCGCUGUCUCUCGUCUCACUGCUGUCGCUGUAAAAGCGGACAGACUUAGAAUAUUGAGACAAGUCGAGUGUAUCAUAAGUAAAUAUUGCCUAGAACCUCUUUGAAUCAAUCACUCGUUACAUGAAAUCUCAAACAGAUAUGCCAAAAGCUGCGAGCUGCCACGUCUACUACAGGUAUUUGUGUGUAAAUGAAUCUACCUCCAAUUAUAAGCGUCCUCUUAGAAAAGUUCCGGGUUUCAAGUCCUAUGCCCCUAAGUUACAAAGCUUCCCACUCUCAUCUACGUACAACGUCUCCCUUCAUUUUGAUACUCAAAUUCCAUCCCCUCUCCUCGGAUGGCUCUAGGUGAGCUCAUCCACUUGCUUGCUGCUCCUACACUCGCCUAGCUCACUCUCGCCGCUCACAUACGACCAAAAGCAGAAAACAAGAACCAAUAAAGAGAAAUGACGGAAAUGAGAAAUGGAAAAAAAAAAAAAAAAGGCAGAAUGACAUUAAAAC